AUAUUUGAUCGAUGAUUAUCAGACCCGGGCCCUCAAUAGAAAUAUUCAACCGCCUAGAAGGCCGAAGCAUAUGAACGAGGAAGUUCACCAGUAUUUGCCUGGAAUAAACACACAUGAAAUACUGCACAGAAUUUUCAACUGUGACCUAUCCAGUGUGUGUAUAUAUAUAUACACUACAACCCAAACCACAUCUUUCGCAUAACCGAAAAGAGGCAAACAUGGGAUUCGAUUUGAUGAAAACGAGACGUAACAGAACACCUCUGUUCGUAUUUCUGGUCAGUUUGAUCUUGAGCAAUCUCUACGGUCAAGGCAUUUUGAUUGCACCAGUGGAGGCUGAUGACAAAGAGGUUCACAUUGUUUAUAUGGGCAAGAGGCAGCACAAUGAUCCAGAGCUUGUCACAGCUUUGCACCACGACUUGCUUACUUCCGUAGUUGGAAGCAAAGAAGCGGCGAGCAGUUCAUUUGUUUACAGUUACAGACAUGGCUUCUCUGGGUUUGCAGCCAGACUUACAAAGUCUCAAGCCCAACAAAUAGCAGGGUCGGAAGGUGUUCUUCAUGUAGUACCCAACCGCUUCCACACGCUGCAAACGACUAGAAGCUGGGACUACCUAGGCCUUUCUUCUCAUUCCCCAACAAAUCUUCUCCAUGAAGCCAAUUUGGGUGAUGGAGUUAUCAUCGGUAUUAUUGACACAGGUGUAUGGCCAGAGUCCAAAGCAUUUACUGAUGUAGACCUCGGUCCCAUCCCCUCUCGUUGGAAAGGCCAAUGCGACUCUGGACAAGCCUUCAACGCCACUACAGAUUGUAACAAAAAAAUAAUAGGGGCUCGAUGGUUCAUCGAUGGCUUUCUUGCUUCCAACAAUCAACCAUUCAACACCCCAGAGAACCCAGAUUACUUGUCCCCCAGAGAUUCAUUCGGACACGGAACCCACACGUCCUCCACUGCUGCAGGUUCCUUUGUGGGUAACGUGAGUUACAAAGGCAUUGGCCUAGGAGUAGCGAGAGGAGGAGCACCCCGAGCUCGGUUAGCCCAUUACAAGGCAUGUUGGAAUGGGCAGUGUGCGUCUGCAGAUGUGUUGAGAGCGUUGGAUCAAGCUAUACACGAUGGGGUUGAUGUGCUAUCACUGUCUCUUGUCACUGGCAUUCCUUUGUUCUCGGAUGUUGAUGAGCGUGAUUUGAUUGCCACAGGCUCAUUCCACGCUGUCGCCAAUGGCAUCAUUGUUGUUUGUUCUGCCGGAAAUGAUGGGCCUUCUAGUCAGACGGUUCAUAACACAGCACCCUGGAUCUUAACUGUUGCCGCUAGCACCAUAGAUAGGUCCUUUCCCACAUCCAUUACUCUCGGAAACAACAAAACCAUAUGGGGCCAAGCCAUGUUCGCAGGUAAAGAAAUUGGCUUCACCGGUUUGAUGUACCCAGAGUCCCCAGGACUCAUUCCGACAGUUGCUGGUGUUUGUGAAUCCCUUUCACUUGAUAACAACUCGGUGGUUGGAAAGGUGGUACUCUGCUUCACUACAGUGCCCAUUCGGGUGCCACUGACACAUGUUUCAUCUAUUGUCAAAGCAGCCGGUGGAUUGGGUGUGAUCAUCGCUCGAAGCCCUAGAAGCAACUUGGCUCCGUGCAGCGAUGACUUCCCUUGUAUAGUUGUGGAUUAUGAACUUGGCACCGAAAUACUGUUCUACAUCCGUGCAACAAGUUCUCCCACAGUCAAGUUAAGCCUCUCAAGGACACUAGUAGGAAAACCUGUGUCAACCAAGAUUGCUUAUUUUUCAUCUAGAGGACCUAGCUCCAUUGCACCAGCUAUAUUGAAGCCAGAUAUAGCUGCACCUGAUGUGAAUAUAUUAGCAGCUACUACUCCCAUGGAUGGGGGUUUUUCCUUUUAUUCAGGAACAUCAAUGGCAGCUCCUCAUGUCUCAGCCGUCGUUGUAGUUAUCAAAUCACUACACCCCAAUUGGUCCCCUGCUGCGAUCAAAUCAGCAAUAAUCACAACGGCAUGGCAAACUGAUCCAUCUGGAGAGCCUAUUUUUGCCGAGGGGUCCCCACGAAAGCUUGCUGAUCCAUUUGAUUACGGGGGUGGUCUUAUCAACCCAAACAGAGCAAGAAAUCCUGGUUUGGUUUACGACAUGGGCACGGAUGACUGCAUACAUUAUCUCUGUGCAAUGGGUUACAACUCCUCGUCUAUAUCUCAACUUGUAGACAAUUCCACCGUUUGCCCCAAUCCUCAGCCCUCCAUUUUGGAUGUGAAUCUGCCUUCCAUAACUAUCCCAAAUUUGAGAAAUGCCACUUCCCUCGGUAGAACCGUAACAAACGUAGGACCAACCAACUCCGUUUACAGACUUCUAAUUGAGCCUCCACUUGGCGUAAUAAUAGCCGUAAAACCUGAUACGUUGGUUUUCAACUCCACCACCAAGAAAGUUUCCUUCGAUGUCUCAGUCUCCACAACCCAUCGUGUCAACGCAGGAUACUAUUUCGGGAGCCUGACUUGGACAGACGGGGUGCAUAUUGUGAGAAGUCCCAUAUCUGUGAGAACACAGAUCAUACCAUCUUUUGCCGAUGACUAGCAUCAGCUCCAAUGUUAAAAUCCCACUCCAAUAACUACCAACACACACACACACAUACACCGAGAGAGUGAGAAAAGGGAAGAUUAGGUCUGCAAUUACAUAAUGUAAUAAUAAUGCUCAUUGAAGCAAGAAAUUUACUAUAAAGAUGAAAAGAGAAUAGAGG